AAAGCCUUCGCCACGUCUGAGCCAUGCCUCCCAAAGCACCGUCGCGUGAAGCCUUGACGCUCCUCAAGCAUUCAGCCCGCCCACGCACCAACUCUACCCUUCCAGCGCAUCUGCAAUGGCGCCUCGCAGCAUCCUCCAGUCGCCCUUCUCUGCAAACUAACUCCCAAUUGCUCAUCUCCAAGCCCAUCGCUCGUGGUGCUGCGACGUAUACGCAUUCGCAUCAUGCUGAAGCCGUAUCCAUCAUCCCCACGACUGUGGACACAAACUCCGAGGACUUCAAGGAGAACAAGAAACAACUCGAUGAAGCCACAGCAAACCUGACCGAGCUUCACUCCAAAAUCGCCCAAGGAGGGUCACAAAAGGCGCGGGACAAGCACAUCCAGAGAGGCAAAAUGCUGGUGAGGGACCGCAUCACCGCAUUGAUUGAUCCAGGCACUUCAUUUCUCGAGCUCAGUCAAAUGGCAGCUUACAACGUCUACCCAGGCGAGGAAGUACCGGCCGCUGGCAUCAUUACUGGAAUUGGAACAGUCAACGGCGUGCAAUGUAUGGUAGUGGCCAACGACUCCACCGUCAAGGGCGGAACAUACUACCCCAUGACGGUCAAAAAGCACCUCCGAGCACAAGCCAUUGCUCAAGAGAACCGACUCCCAUGCAUCUACCUUGUCGACUCCGGCGGUGCCAAUCUCCCUCACCAAGCCGAUGUCUUCCCAGACGUGAACCACUUUGGCCGCAUCUUCUAUAACCAAGCGCGCAUGUCCGGCAUGGGAAUCCCACAAAUCAGCGUAGUAAUGGGACCCUGCACAGCCGGCGGCGCAUACGUUCCCUCCAUGAGCGAUGAAAGCAUCAUUGUAGAAAAUCAAGGCCACAUCUUCCUCGCUGGCCCACCCCUCGUCAAAGCCGCCACCGGUGAAGUCGUGUCAGCUGAAGACCUCGGCGGCGGCAAACUCCACAGCGAGAUCUCAGGUGUAACUGACUACCUAGCCGUCGACGACGCGCACGCUCUCGUUCUCGCACGGAGAAGCAUCGGAAACCUCAAUUGGCACCGCAACCAGCCCUCCACUCCUACACCGACCUUCAAAGAACCUAUCCAUGAUCCAGCUGAGCUGUCGGGCAUCGUAGGCACCAACCUCCGCCGCCAAAUUCCCAUCCAUGAAGUCAUUGCUCGUAUCGUCGACGGCUCCGUCUUCUCAGAGUUCAAACCAUCCUACGGAUCCACUCUCGUAACAGGCUUCGCGCACAUCUACGGGCAGCCUGUGGGCAUUGUAGCCAACAACGGCAUCCUCUUCUCCGAAUCUUCGCUCAAGGGGGCGCAUUUUGUUCAAUUAUGCGGAAAGCGACAAAUCCCGCUCAUUUUCUUGCAGAACAUCAGCGGUUUCAUGGUCGGGCAGGACGCGGAGAAAGGAGGCAUUGCGAAGAACGGGGCUAAGCUUGUAACAGCUGUGAGUUGUGUUGACGUGCCCAAGUUUACAGUCGUGGUUGGCAGUUCAGCUGGUGCGGGUAACUAUGGAAUGUGCGGCCGCGCCUACUCCCCCCGUCUCCUCUUCACUUGGCCCAACGCAAAAACUUCAGUAAUGGGCGCCGAGCAGCUCUCCUCAGUCAUGGAAGCCGUCGGCAAAACCGUCGACCCAGAUCUCAAAGCGCGCAUCGAGCGCGAGAGCGAGGUAUCGUUCGGCUCGGCCAGACUCUGGGACGACGGCGUUAUCCCGCCUGAGCAUACGCGGAGGGUGCUGGGGAUGGGCUUGCGUAUGGCGUGUGGUGGGCAGAACCGCGGGGUUGAGAGGGAGAGUAAAUAUGGUGUUUUUAGGAUGUGAGGGGGGUGGGAUGGAGGCCUGGUGGGUCAAUGAAAGAGGAACACGAGGAGAGUGUGAGUUGUAGUAUUGUCCAUCAUGCUGGGGCUUUCUGUUCGUUUGUCGUUGCGUUGAAGCCCCCUUUUUUCGGAUUCCACUUGGAUGUACUACCUGCAUACGUGUAUCCUCAAAAUCUAGCGAGUAAGCAAAAAAAAAUACAGUCAGAAAGUAAGCGUUCCAGCGACCAGUGUUCUCUUCCAU